UAAAUCAGUUAUCUUAUUUUAUCAAGGUUUUGAACAUGUAGCUUUCAUUGUCUCUUAUUUAAACGAUAUAAAGUGAUAUAGAUAAAAAUCGCGCCAGGUUAACCGCAAACCUUUCACGUUUAUCGUCUAUGUUUAUUAUAUUCAUGGGGUUACAUGUAGUUAGCUUAAACCUGGGUAUACUUUGUAUUUUGUUGUGUUUUUCUGCAAAUUAAAAGUGAAAAUGAAGUGAAAGGAAUGUUAACAUGAAAUGAAAAUGGAAGAAAAAGAAAUCACUUGGGAGAAAGCCAAAUAGUGAUUCUAAAUAGGUUUGAGAAAUAACAACAGUCUGUUGCAUGAGAUAACGUGCAAAUGCAACCAAAAAUAAAUAGAAUUAUGGAAAUACAGAUCUUAAUUUCUGGAAACUGAAAUUAAACCAAAAGACAAGGAAAAGCUUGAACUUAAAUCAAAUGGUCAUAGAAGGGUUGGAAAAAGUCCAUAUUACAACAACAGUAUGUUUUAAGUGACAAAAACUAAAAAAAAAAACAACUCGUUGAUAUAGAUAUAUUUAAAUGUGUUAAAAAUCUUAUGAAUAAGAAACAAGAAGAAUCAAUGACGAAAAAGCGGCGAUUGGAGAGAGAGAUGUCACAAUCGUCUGGAAUAACAAUUCUUUCAAAUGUUACACAGACCACUGAAUUAUCUAGUGAUUUAGAAGACAACAACUCUGAUUCAUCUUCUGUUAAUCAGUUUGACGCUCUCAACGGCAACGCCCGAGUACAACAAAUGGCGCCACCUUCCAGCAAAAGCAAAGAGUUCAAACAAAACGUGCUCAGAAGCAAUUUGCUAGAAAACGCCAAGUUUCAUGGAGCAUUGAUGAUGAUGACGAGACCUUUGAAAAGGAAGUAAGAGGACAAUCCGACACGUCGGCACAGCAAAUGAAUCCUGGACAGUAUGAUAAUAAUUUUGCUGGAACGAACAACAGCCAUCGAGCUACAGAGAGAGGUCUCGACACUUUUGCUCUUUCAUACAAUAAACAACCUUUUAACAAAACAUGUGACCGAAAUAAUCGUAUUUUUCAAUCAAAACUGAGGAGCAACACAACCUCGCAAAUUCACGGUCAUGAGAACGAGAUUCAGAGGCAAAUACUAUUAGACAAACUUGUCAGACGGAAUGAUGCUCAACAGCUUCAAAGCAGACGAUCUCAGAGUGCGACAUCUUUGCGCGUUAAUAGUUUACAGAACCGGUCCGAUAGUCAUCUGUACGAGUCUCUUCAAUCGCAAAAUGCAGCACAAAAUAUGUUAAAUAAUAAUCCUCCAGUACAAACAGUUGUACACAUGACUUCAAAUGAUUCAAAUUACUUACAUCCGGUGACUGAAACACAAAUUCACAGGAACAAUUUAAGAAAGGCGGAAAACAUGUUCGCGAAUUCUGGCGAUGAAUCUUCCGCAUAUGCUGACGUCAUGCGGCAUAAUGAACCUUUUAAUGUAGGUCAAGGUCAGAAAAAAUGUUAUGACUUUUGCAACAAUUCAUUUUACCGGAAGGGGUUCUAUAUAUUACUGAUUUUCAAUGUGAUACUCAUUCUGCUGAACACAUUCGGACUGCCUUACGUCUAUUUUGCCAUAAAUCAGGAAAAAGAAGUUAGUAAAGCCGCGAACCUGAACGAAGGAGGAGAGUUUGCCAGUGCAGUGCAUUCCGAGUUCUGUGUGAAAUGCGACAAACUAAAUGAAGUGGUGAAUUCUAGUGAAGUUUCCAUCAAAGACGGACAGUGUUGUAUUAAGUCGGCCGAAAAAUUACUACCAAUACUUCUGGAGAUUGUUGAUGAUUUAGCGCGUGUUCCGACACCAGAGAAAACAGCCAAUGUUCCUGUCAUUCAAUUAAGAGCUGACAAGACAAAUAACAAAUAUCAUCUAGAUAACAAAAAUCAUCCAGAAAUUAUUUGGCAAAAAAGGCCAGAUGUUGGGACCUUUGGCUCCACAGAUAGAGAAGACGACGAAAUAAAAGUUCCAAAGACUGGAUACUAUUAUGUGUACAACCGAGUAAAUUAUAAAUUACCAACAUACGAAGGCCAGUCAAAAGAGUUUCCCAUCAUACAUACAAUCAAUAAAAAAAUAGGUGACAAGGAAAGUCAACUAGACGAAGUAGUUCAACGAUGUUUUCCUACUAACACUACUGGUGACGUCAUACAUGCAAAUCAGCAUGGAUCAAUUCACCAUUUAAAGAAAGGCGACAGACUUGUCAUUACAUUACAUCAUCCAAAAUAUUUUCUUCCUGAAAAUACACUAUUUGGAAUGUUCAUGGUAGCAACUUAGUUGCCUUAAUUUCGACAUACUUCGUAUAAAUUCGGCAAACUUCGCAUUACUUUAGCAAACUUCGUAUAACUUCGUAAAACUUCGAUAAACUUCUUAUAACAUCGGCAAAUUUCGUACAACUUCGGUAUGUUUGAUUCUUUUUAAAAUGACACGGGUUUUUCUCUCUCACUGUCAUUAAAACGUUUGUUUAAUCUGUGUUUGUGCGGUAUAACAGCAUAGUAUGUUUUCAGGUUUGUCUUGUUUUAUAUUGUAAUUGAAUGUGUAUUGAAUGAUUUUUUAAAAUAAAACGGCUGUGAUACUUUUUAUUUGUAAGAAAUUUGACCUCAAUCAACGCAUUUAUUUUUCAUUUAUUUCAUAUUUCAUGUGAAGACUAUUCAAAAGUCAUUUCUUUUUUUUAAAUUGUUCACAAAUUUCAUCCAUACAUAUCUUUUGUGUAAAGUUUAUGAAUAUUACAUAUUGCAGUCUGUUAUAUAUGUUUUUUAUGUAUAUAAAGGACAUUUAAUAGAGAAAUAUAAGCUUUUGAUAAUAUUCAAAGCUUUGCUCGAACAAGUUUAUUCACCUAUUCUCAUACAACUGUAAAUAUACAUGUCAUUAGAUUUGUUAAAAACAUUGUUUACCAUGAAUAUCUUCAAUAUCAACAUAAAUGUACAUGUAUGAUUAUAAUUAUCAUGAACAAUGAACGUUUUAUAACGCUCAUUUAGAUAUUGUGUUCUUAAUUUUAUACAUGUAUCGUUUAUAAUCGGACACCCUCGACAUUUUCCGUCUUAGUCCGGUUAUAUCAAUAGUUUCAUUAUAUUAUUAUUAUUAUUAUUAUUGUUUUUAUUAUUAUUAUUAUUAUUAUUAUAAUUAUUAUUAUUAUUAUUAUAAAAUCGAAGAUACCAAAGGAAUGACCCAAAUGCGGCAGAUCGGAAAUGACGGAAAUGGCGGGAAAAUGUGUCAUUGCUCAAAAGUCAAAAUCAUUUAUAGGGCGCUUGUUAUGUGCUGUCACGCAUGUUUGCAUAUUUUAUAUCAAUGUUAUCUAGAUCUAAUCUAGGACAAGAUGUCAUAAGGUUAUUAGGUCAUGAUAAAUUUAUUCAAUAAAACUGAUAAUAAAUAAUA